UCGUUCAAGUUUAAGUUGUCUGGAGUGAUGUAACUUGACGCGAGUGGGGAAAUUAAUUCGGGCUAUUAAGGUUAUUGGGUUACGCGAACCUUGCAAGUAUCGCAAGCGGCUGCUUGACCCGCAUAAACGGAAUUUUCCAGAUGCUAUCUCUCCUCAGCUGCUUGAGCUUGAAAUAUGAGGAUAUUGGCGUUUCGCGUAUUGUGCAUAAAUAAACCGCAGUCGUCGGUGCGUGUUAUUUGCGGUGUUGUGAAAUAACGGGAGAAAGCGUUAUGCCAUCAUCCUCCGAGACAUUCGCAGGAUUUAUAAAUUUGCCUAUUUGCACAGUGCCUUCCUAUGGAUGUAACGUUACGCGCGCUCGAUAGUUCAUGGCCUUCCGCGUCUUUUGUAAAGUGCAAAGUAAUUAAUAAACCAGAUUACAGUGCACACGGCAAUAGGAAUGCCGAGGAUAACUCGAGCGCUCCGACUAAUUUAUUCUCCAUUACAUUAUUCUCUAAAAAGUGCGACUAGGUCGAGCUGCUAUCAUUGCAGUGUAGUGCAAUGCUCAAAAGGGGGAGCCUUCUUAAAGGUGUAGAUCGAGUCUCGGUUGAUUUUACAUGAAAGAGCCAUCAAGUAGUUUUAAAAUCAUUAGAUUACACGAUGAUAAAAAUAAUGUUGGCGUUAUGUUCUCCUCACGUUCUUCACUUACGGCUAGAAUUGCAGGUAGCGCAAUCGAUACGCAGUAAGGAUCAAAGAGCAGUCGUCGCUUUAAGAGGCGGGUCAAGUCAUUAUUGACAGAUUAUGAAGCCAACCGGCUUCUCGAGAGGCUGAACUGUUUGCUUGUGAUUGACACUUUCGUUAUCAAACCAGGGAUAAGUAUUUGCCCUUUCCAGCCAAUAUUAAAGUUUCUUGGGCGGGAUCCUCUUUGUGAAGGUGUAACUCAAAGGAAUUUUUCAGCAAGUGUUCUGACAUUGGAUUUACAACCACAAGGAUUUUAUUUUCAUUCAGACAGAAAGGAGAAGAAAUGAAUAGCCAGUUUGGCUUUUAAGGAGUUACAUCGAUACCGUAUCCUGUUCGGCAUCAUGUGCUAAUGGCCGGCUUGUGUUGGUGGAUGCGUACGUUUCGCUCUUAAAAGAAAGGGAUGUAUUCAUGGAUCGCACCUUGAUGAAACUACUUAUUUCACCAUGGUGAAACUGGCCAAUCCCCUGUACACAGAGUGGAUUCUUGAGGCUAUUCAGAAGAUCAAAAGGCAGAAGCAGCGGCCUUCAGAGGAGCGGAUUUGCCAUGCUGUGUCAACCUCACAUGGACUAGACAAGGGCGUCGUACUCCAGCAGCUGGAGCUAGCUGUGAAGGAUGGAUCCAUCCUUAAGGUUACCAGCAAAGGUUGCGCUUCUUACAAAGACCCGGAUAACCCGGGAAGGAUUGCGCCGCUCAAGCUGGGAGGGCCUGUCCCCCUCCCAGUCGGAUCUGUGUUACCCCCAGGUGAUCUCCGUCAUGUGGAUUGGAAUAAAGUCCUUAGGAGGGCUAUCGAGGGUCUGGGUGUCCCCGCUGGCUCUUCUCUAAGGAACAUCGAGAGAUUUCUCAGAAGCCAGGGUGACCUGGUGAAUGUUGUGGCGAACCCCAGGUUUCAGCAGAGGCUGAGGCUAGCUGCUAAGCGGGCCGUUAACAACGGGCGCCUGCUGAAGGAUGGACCACUCUACAGGAUGAACAGUGGUGGACUUGGAGGAAAAACUUGCUUCAGGAGCGUGGGGGUCUUUGGGAUAGACCUCCCACCUGUAACAUUACUCCCUCAUGAGAGAGAGCAGCCACGUGCUGACCCGAUACCUAUAUGCAGCUUCUGUUUGGGCACAAAGGAAUCCAAUCGAGACAAGAGAUCAGAGGAGUUGCUGUCCUGUGCUGACUGUGGGAGCAGCGGCCAUCCAUCAUGUCUGAAGUUCUCGGCUGGUUUGACUGCAAAUGUCAAGGCUCUGCGAUGGCAAUGCAUUGAAUGCAAAACAUGCAGUUCCUGUCAGAUUCAGGGGAAGAAUGCUGAUGAGAUGCUCUUCUGUGACUCCUGUGACAGGGGGUUUCACAUGGAGUGUUGUGACCCGCCGCUCUCCAGAAUGCCAAAAGGAAUGUGGAUCUGCCAAGUAUGCAGGCCAAAGGAGCAGGAGGGAAAACGGUUGCUACACAAGGCAGCGGCCCAGAUCAAAAGGCGAUAUGCAAAACCGGGAAGGCCAAGAAAGAAUCUAACGCAUCCAACGAUGUCUGGCAAGGGUGGUCCAGGAUCGCUCAUCGAGCUGUCUGAAAAAGACCGGCAUGGUAGGGGUUCCAUAAGCACUUUCUGUACCCCACCCUCAUCAAGCACCUUUAUACCCACCACAGACGGCAGAUGUGUUACAGACCCCCUCACAUCCACACCCACCUUCACCACGUUGCCCCCAAUCAACAAGAAAACCAAAGGUCUCAUUGACGGGCUUUCCAAAUUUUUCACGCCAUCGCCCCUGGGUCGACGGUUACGCAGCGAGGCGUCGGGCUCCUCGGAUCAGCACAGGCCGAGGAAACGAGGCUAUCGGAAACGUCGGUGCGAGCCCCAUUCCUGCUCGUCGACGCCAGGUGUGAGGUUAAACGCCCCGUCUAGCGUUCUCCUCACCCCCUCCCCUUCGCAAGGACACAGCCCCAUCUCCCUGAACCCCGCCCACUCGUCCUCACCCUGCUCUGCCCAUUCCCCUCACAGCUCCUCCUCCCAGUCUAGCGGCCCCUCCCUAAGCAGCCUCCCAGGCAACAACCAGCUGAAGGGACUCUUUGAUGGACUGUCUCACAUCUUUACCACUCAGGGACAGUCCCGGCAAAAGGGACUCCCCAGCUACGCGCCGCCCAAGCGCACGCGGCGCACCCGGGACGCUUCCACCUCACAAUUACAGCUUCAAGGAAAGAAGCCCAUUAAUAAGGGUUUCGCUAGCAAAUUAGCAUCCCUUUCCAGUUCUGCUUCGGGAUGGCCACCCAAGCGGGGCCGGCCGUUUAAGUCGGCGCUCCAUUUCAAACGAACUCCCUUCUUGAGAAAGCACAAGCUGCUAGGCAGGUUUAGGUUUAAGGCCUCCCCGCAGAGAGAGAACACCACACCAGGGAAGGGCACAUUGGCAGACGGAAGAGUUAAACCUGAUCCGAACCAUGCUUUUAACGCAGAGAGGUGUUCAAGAAGAGAAGAAACGAGAUUGACUUUACUCAACGAUCACGUGGCUGAAGAAGAUCUGAAAUUGUUUAGACGCAUCAAGGAGCUUGCAGCAAAGAAAUCUGGUGGCGAUCAAGGACAAUCCCCUCCCCUGAUUGAGUUUGGGAAAUAUGAAAUCCAAACCUGGUAUUCCUCGCCAUACCCUCCAGAAUACGCAAGAUUACAGAAGCUUUAUCUCUGCGAGUUCUGCUUAAAGUACAUGAAAAGCCAGGACAUUCUGCAGAGGCAUUCAAAGAAAUGUGGGUGGUUUCACCCGCCGGCUAAUGAGAUCUACAGAAAGGAUAACCUCUCUGUGUUUGAGGUUGAUGGAAAUAUCAGCAAAAUUUUCUGCCAAAACCUUUGCUUGCUUGCAAAGCUUUUCCUGGAUCACAAGACGCUGUAUUACGACGUGGAGCCCUUCCUCUUCUAUGUUCUAACACAGAAUGAUGAGAAGGGUUGUCAUCUUGUUGGAUACUUCUCAAAGGAAAAGCUUUGCCAGCAGAAAUACAAUGUCUCCUGCAUAAUGAUCAUGCCUCAGUACCAAAGGCAUGGAUUUGGGAGGCUCCUUAUUGAUUUCAGUUACUUACUUUCCAGACUGGAGGGCCAGGCCGGCUCCCCUGAGAAGCCUUUAUCUGAUCUGGGUCGUCUGUCCUACUUGGCUUAUUGGAAAAGUGUCAUACUGGAGUACCUGCACAACCACCCAGAUAAGAGUGUGAGCAUCAGGGGAAUAAGCCGAGCCACGGGCAUGUGUCCACAUGACAUCGCUACCACACUUCAGCAGCUCAACAUGAUUGAUUUCCAGGAUGGCAGGUUUGUGGUUGUGCGGAGACAUCAGCUCAUUCUGGAACAUAUGGAAAGACUGAGAGCGAGGCCACGUCUUCAUGAGGUUGACCCUGACUGUCUGAGCUGGACUCCUGCUUUGGUCUGCAGAAGCCCAUCAGAGGAGCUGCAGGCCAUUGCGGCACAGGCAAGGGACCGUGCGGACUGCAGUGCGUCAACCAAGAGCUCGGCAAGCGGGAUGGGUUACACCGGCAGACCUCCUCUGACCAAGUGCAAGAACUUUAGCAGAAGAUACUCAGACCCUGUGUUUGCAGGGAAAGAUUUCGAAGUGAGCGAGGAAAGCAGCAGUGAUGAUGAUGAUGGCGAUGACGACGACAAAGUCGUCGAUGCAAUCAAGUCUCAGUCUGGGCAGGGUUUUAACAGAAAGCGGACACCCACUCUGAGGCGGAAGAGAGGCCGAAGGAGAAUAAGGAUCAACAGCAGUGUUACCACUGAGACCAUCUCGGAGAGAACAGAGGUGUUGGAUGAGCCCUUUGACAACUCGGAUAUAGAAAGUCCUCUGCCACAGCCCAGCAGGAGGGGCGGAAGUGAAGAUGAGGAAGAGCAGAAGAGCCAGAGGGUUGCCGUGCGUCGGCCUGGUAGACCAAGGAGAUGUGGAGAUGACAAUCACUUGAAUCAAUGUAAAGGAGGGAAUGUGGAAGCAGUAAAACAGGACAAUCCUCGUACAGUAAAACGAAAGAAAGGCUGGCCCAAAGGUGUCAAGAGAGGACCACCCAAAUGGAGACUGAAGGAGCGCAAAAUGGGCUUCAAGCUCAACCUCUACACGCCUCCUGAGACGCCAAUGGUCACUGCGGAGCAGGAACAAGAGGAGGAGCCGGCCCCCAGCCCUGCCUCAUUCUCAGAACCAUGCGAGUCCUUCAGACACCCCAGGCCGGAGGACCCAGAGCUGGACGCAUGCAUUUCAGAAACCCACAGCCCUGAGCCGCCCGAGUCUCACAAGGCGAACGAGGAUGAAUCCACUGACACCGUGGAUAAUUCUCCUUGUGGUGAUGAGACCAAUGAGACGUCAUCAGGUCCAAUGGACUAUGCUGACUCAACACAGAAUCCAGAGGAAAGCAAGGACCUAAAGCCGGAGGAUGACGCAGAAAGCGGUGUUGGGAAAGGCUCUGGUGUACGAGAUGAGGAAGAGGAUGAGGACGAAGAGCCAGAAUCGACUCACGUGGAUGAUCACGAUGCAGAUGAUGAGGAUGACAGCCACGAACAGAGGAUGGAGGAUCCAGUGUCACUACCAGAAAGAGUCCCUGCUGAAGACAUAGAGCCAGUUACAAUUCCUAGUAGUAGUAAUAAUAAAACUGCUGAACUGCAGCCAAGCCCUGUGGAUGCAUCUCUUCCUUGCUCAGCAGAGCUCAUGUCUCAAGGCACUCUCAACAACUUGGACGUGCAACAGGGCGGCACUGUGGACUCUGAUCAUCCUCCGGACUCUGAAACGGAGGAGGAGGACAACACUCAGAAGCCUGAUGAAAAGCAUAUGGGCCCAUUGACCCCUGCAAUAAAAGAGGAUCAUAACCUUUGCCCUGAGCUUGACAUGGAGACGGCCCAAGCGGUUCAGUCUCUGACUCAAGAGUCUGAGCAGGAGAGGCACUUUCAAGACUGUGUGGAGACUCAAGAGGCCUCCCACAGCCUACAGAGGUACGUGCAUGUCGAGCAAAGCCCUCAGAUGACCCCGGUGGAUGACUGCCAGCAGUCGGAUCACAGCAGCCCUCUGUCUUCUGUCCAUUCACACCCGAGCCAGUCUGUACGGUCGGUCAACAGCCCGGCGGUGUCUAUUUUGGAGAGCGGCUAUACUCAGAUCAGCCCCGAUCAGGGUACCGCCGUCUCCGUGCAUUCGCUUCAUAACAACAUGGAGACCAGCCCCAUAAUGGACGUGCCCUCGGUGUCCGACCACUCACAGCAGGUUGUGGACAGCGGCUUCAGCGACCUUGGCAGCAUAGAGAGCACCACCGAGAAUUACGAGAAUCCCAGCAGUUACGACUCCACGCUGGGCAACAGCAUUUGUGGAACGGGUGCAGGAGCGGGCGCCACUUCCCAGAGCAGCUGUUCCUAUGGCAACCUCUCCUCCGGUGGCAGCCACAGUCAGAGCAGCUGUGCUGUGUCCCAGCAGAUGGCCGGUCCUGUGGUGAACAAUACCGGCGCUUGCAGCAUGCUCCAGCAAACCAGCAUGAGCUCCCCUCAGGGAUGCAGUGUGAAGUCUCCACAAGGUUGUGUGCCCGAGAGGCAGCCCAGCCAUCCGCACACGCACGGGCACAGCCACGGUCAUCACCACAGCCACCACCAACACCAUUCGCACCAUCAGCAUCAUCAACAUCAACAUCCGCAACAUCAGUACCAGCAAACGUUGUCCCACUGCUCCAUGUCUGCCAGCUUCGCUCCACCCAUGCAACUGCCGGAAUCCAACAACCCCUCUACCAACCACAACCCCUCCACCAACCUGGGCCUGUAUGACCGAAUGGGCCAAGGAGAGUAUGGAGGCGGACACUACACGCAGUCCUCGGCAUCCUUCAGUCUGGCUAAACUCCAACAGCUCACCAAUACCCUCAUGGACCACCCCCUGCCCUUCAGCCACUCGGCAUCGCACUCCAUCACAUCCUAUGCAAACAACAACGGCUCGCUGUCCACGCAAAUCGGCCAUCACAAUCCCGCAUUGGUGUCUCUGUCCCAACCUCCUCAUGCCGUCACAGGCGGAGGAGGCCCUCAAUCGCAGGCUACUGUGACUCCUCCCCCCAACAUGACUCCACCCCCCAUGAUGCUGCAGCGCAACAACAUGAACCUGGCCUCCUCUCAGAGACUCCAAACGCAAAUGGCUCCCAAGAAUCAUCCCCACCAUCACACGGUGUCCAUUCGCUCCAAAUCGGCCCCCCUGCCACCCCACCACCAGCAGCAGAUGUACUGUAGGGGUCCUCAGACUGUAGCCAUGCAGGCUCCCGGUAGGACUCUGGCUAUGGCGCCGCGGAUGAACAUGGGGGUGAACCUCAUGCCCGCUCCGGCAUACAACGUCAACUCGAUGAACGUCAACAUGGCGCCUCUUAAUGCGAUGAACACUUAUAGAGUGACGCAGCCCAUGAUGAACGGGGGCUACCAUGGCAAUCCUACCUAUAUGAAUCAAUCUCCGCAGUACUCUAUGCAGAUGGGCAUGAUGGGUACCCAGCCUUACCCACAGCAGCCCAUGCAGGCCCCUCCCCACGGCAAUAUGAUGUACAGCCCAGCGGGCCAUCAUGGUUACGUGAAUACCGGCAUGUCCAAACAACCCUUAAACGGGCCUUAUAUGAGACGAUAAUCAGCGACAAGCUUGUUAGCAAGUCAGCUAGUUGACUUUGAGGUAUUUUGUUUAUUCUUCUUUUCCUUGUUAAUGUUUCGCUUUUAUGGAUCUUUCUGAAAGAACCAGCACUUGGUAAGAAUGCAAAAAACAUUUUGUUUAUCGGCUAAGUUUUAGCUUUUCUCCCCUAUUUACGGGAAGCCUUACAGCAUAAGAUUUAAAAAUGUAACGUUUGUGUAAGCGUAAAUCUCCCGCUAACUGCAUCGCAGUUUCACGGAGGUUACAUUUCUUUAAGUUGGAACCUGCAUUAUGGAACCUUUAAAUGUGCCUGCAUCGUAUGUUUUUGGACAAAAAAGCCUUUUUCUCAAUGUACCUUUAGCAAUCGCAAGGUUAUAUAUGUAAGUCUGUACUCAUGCCUUCAUAUUAUUUAAAUUAUUGUAAAUCUACUUUUAUAUUUUUUUAAAUGUAAGGUUAUACUUAGCAUGCUAUAACGUCUUUGUUAGUGACAGUGCAUCAGAGUAGUACUGUACAGUGUUGUGCUUAAUAGCAAGCGAUUUUAUAUUAAAUGUAUGGCCUUGGUUAGGUUUCCCUCGUAUGGAAGGAAAAAAAUGAAACUCUAUUUUUGUUGAUUCUAAUACUGUAAAGAUUUGAAACAUCGUCAUGUUCAGCUUGGAAGGUUCUAUUGCUGAUUGUGUAUAAUUUGUUACUUUAUAACAAGUUUCUUUACCUGAGGCAGCUUUCUGUUUUUAUACAAUUUAAAGCAAUCUCUGUCACAAUAGCAAAGAACAGUAAAUGUCAGUAUUUGUACAUGUAUAUGUAGAAAACUAAAUCAAGGGGAAAGGGUCAACGAAAACAUUUCGGGGGGGGGGCAGAGUUGCAAAAUGAUUAUCGAGUGUCAAUUUACUCCAAAGUCGGUCUUUUAUGAAAUGCCUUUAAACUUACAUUUUCAUUCCAUCUGUAGAUUUUUUUUAUCUUUAUAAAACAUCUGAUUUAUAUUUUACUGAAAUGUAGAGCAGUAGCCUUGUUGAUAGACAAAACAGAUGGCAUGUAAAAAGGUAAAUUGUAUCUGUGUCUGUUUGUAUAGCUUAUUUUGUAGCCUUUGUACCUGUACAGAAUGGCAGUUUGACGUAUAAGGAUAAUCCUGACUGUACUAAUUACCAGAGCAACAGUCCUGUAUUUAUGAGUUACCUUUUUAGUCGGUCUCUUAAAUGCUGUACAUUUUAGCAGAAAAUAAAUUAUGAUGAGCCACUGACAGACUUAAACGUGUCUACUGUCUCAUUCGUUGUGACUCACUGAAUGGAACUAUUGCAGCCAAAAUAAAAAAUUUUACAAAAUUGUUUCCAACCGUGACACAUACGUGGCAACAGUUUUGUCAAGUGCAUAAACCUUUAUUUUCCUGAAUAAAAUAUU